AUGGCCCCGCAGAGCCCGGUGGCCCCACAGAGCCCAGCUCUGGUGGCACAGAAAUUCCUGCAGAGCUAUUGUUUUGCUGCCCAGCCUGUCCUGCUGGUGCUGCCAUCUCCUCGCUCUGUCCUGCUGUGCACAGUGGGCCACUCUGCGCCCGGGCUGGGCGAGGGUGGCAUGGCACUCGCAGACAGGCUCUCUGCCCCACGCCACGCUCUCUGCCCCAUGCCAGGCUCUCUGCCCCACGCCAGGCCCUGCCCCAUGCCAGGCUCUGCCCCACGCCAGGCUCUGCCCCAUGCCAGGCCCUCUGCCCCACGCCAGGCUCUCUGCCCCACGCCAGCCUCUGCCCCACGCCAGGCUCUCUGCCCCACGCCAGGCCCUGCCCCAUGCCAGGCCCUGCCCCACGCCAGCCUCUGCCCCACACCAGGCUCUCUGCCCCAUGCCAGGCCCUGCCCCAUGCCAGGCUCUGCCCCACGCCAGCCUCUGCCCCACGCCAGGCUCUGCCCCACGCCAGGCUCUCUGCCCCAUGCCAGGCCCUCUGCCCCACGCCAGGCCCUCUGCCCCAUGCCAGGCUCUCUGCCCCACGCCAGGCUCUGCCCCACGCCAGGCUCUCUGCCCCAUGCCAGGCCCUGCCCCAUGCCAGGCUCUGCCCCACACCAGGCUCUCUGCCCCAUGCCAGGCACUCUGCCCCACGCCAGGCCAGGCCCUCUGCCCCACGCCAGGCUCUCUGCCCCACACCAGGCUCUGCCCCAUGCCAGGCCCUCUGCCCCACGCCAGCCUCUGCCCCACGCCAGGCUCUCUGCCCCACACCAGGCUCUGCCCCAUGCCAGGCCCUCUGCCCCAUGCCAGGCCCUCUGCCCCAUGCCAGGCCAGGCCCUCUGCCCCACGCCAGGCUCUGCCCCACGCCAGGCUCUGCCCCAUGCCAGGCCCAAGGCCCCACACCAGGCUCUCUGCCCCAUGCUGGGUUUACUGCCCCACACCGAGAUCACUGCCCCAUGCCAGGCUCACUAA